UUGUAAUCCAGCUAUAGUUGACAGAUAGGUCACGGAGCCAGUGGUCACAAACAGUAGCUCUAGAUUCAAAUAGUACUUCAGAUUUAAUUUACGUAAAAAAUAGCGUUUUUUGUGAUAAUGAAUAUUAAAGGUAAAAACGUAAUAUAUUCAGGAGGUUUUGGAUGUAUUGGCCAAGCUUGCGUCAAAGAGUUCCUAAAAAGCGGUGCUAAGUAUGUAACCAUAUUCGAUGUCGAUGAGAAUAAAGAAGCAAUGAUUGAGUUUAAAAAGUUGUACCCUGGUACCACAAUUCAUUUUAUAUCAGUGGAUAUGCGGAAGAAGGAGAGCAUCACAACGGCCUUUAAAUCAGCUGUAGAGAAAAUGGGACUCUUUGACGUUUUGGUCAAUGGUUGCGGUAUAAUGGGGGAUAGCGAAGUUGACUUAACAAUCGAAAUUAAUUUGUUGGGGCUAAUGCAUAGUAGCUUAACUGCAUUACCUUAUAUGGAUAAAUCAAGUGGAGGACGUGGCGGUACUAUUGUGAAUAUUUCAUCCGUUGCUGGCUUGGGAUCGAUACCUUUAUGUCCUGUUUAUUCUGCGGCUCAACAUGGUGUCACAACUUUCACUCGCUGCUUGGGGGAUAAAAUGUAUUACGAUCGUUUGGGCGUCAGAAUCAUAACAAUAUGUCCUGGAUUUACAGGCAUCAACUUUUUAAAGAAUCUACAUUCAAAAGUUAUGUUUAAGUUUACCGAGGAAAUGGAUAAUGAUAUGGCCAAUGCCAAGCAACAGUCUGUAGAAGUGUGUGCAAGGAAUAUGAUAAAGGUAAUUGAAACAGGUAAGAACGGUGCUGUCUACAUGCUAGAUUUAGGCAAUAUUAAGGAGGUUACAAUACCCAAGAUGUUUGAACCAACCUUUUAAGAACACUAAGAGAAUAUGCAUAUUAUUAAAGGUAGUGUAAUUCGCGUCG